CAGGGCAGCGAUGCUCCAAAACAAACAAGACGUCAUCAGCGAGCGACCCGCCGCACAUGGCAGCCUGCUGAAGUUUUGACGGGACUUGCUAAAGGCUCAGCAUGGCCAGGCAGUGGUCUGAAGGCCACUCCACACCCAUCCUGUGUGUCGGGGCGUCUCCAGCCCCUGAGGGUCUCCUUGCUUCAGGCUCUGAGGGCGGAGAGGUCACGGUGUGGAGCCAGGAGGGAACCAUCAUAGGCCACCUCCGUCUUCAUGGUGAAGACGACUGCACGAGUGUUGUGUUUUCACCAGCAGCUCCGGGCCAGCUCUACGUGUCACAUGGAGAUACAGUGAGUGUACUCGAUCCCAGAAACCUGAAGAGCCCUGCUGAGGAGUUUCAUGGUGCAGGGGAGGAGGAGAUCAAUGCUUUGGCACUGAACGACACAGGUUCAGCCCUGGCAGUGGCUGAUGACUCUGGGGCAGUCCGUGUUCUGGAGUUUCCUGGAGGAAAAGUGUGCAGAACUCUUCGUAGACACACCAACAUCUGCUCCUCCGUGGCUUUUCGGCCUCAGAGGCCCAACAACCUGCUGUCUGCUGGACUAGACAUGCAGGUGAUGCUGUGGGGGCUGCAGAAGACACGUCCGCUUUGGACCCUGAACCUCCAGGAUGUAGCAGAGGAAGAAGACGACCAUCAGCAGCGUCCUGGUCAGCUUUUCAACCCGCCACUGGUCCACUGUGUUUCUGUGGCGAGCUGUGGAAACAUUGUGGGUUGUGCAGCAGAGGACGGGCGUGUGCAUCUGAUGCGGAUCGGCAGUGGCUCUAAACUGGAACAGCAGGGAGCAGUCAAGGCUCACAGUCAGGGAGCCUCACAAGCUCACUUUGUUAACUUCCUUUCCCACCCUUACUGGCUGGUCACUGGGGGGAACGACGGCCAGGUCGCCCUGUGGGACCUCAGUAAGCACCCGGUGGUGACACCGGAGGCAAAGGCUAAAACUCGAGUGACAGCACCCCCACGCAGGAAGGGAAAGAGCAAGGCAAAGAGGAAAGAACAAACACAGGAUAAAGCAAAGACCCCAGAGAAAGAAGAAAAAGAAGUGGAGGAUGAAGUGGCAGCAGGUUCAGAGGAGGUGAUGGAGGAGAAACCUGGCCCCAAACUGAGCAUCAAUCAUGAGGACAAGGUGAACUGGUUGUGCCCCGCUGUGCUGAAAGGGGAGCCCAGCGUGGUAGUCGCAGAUCAGAGCUCCAGUCUGACGGUCUACCCUCUGUCUCAACUAUAGAUCCACACACUUUACAACAUGAUCUGUUAUCUUUAGUUUUGGUCUUGCCUUUUUUUUUGUUGAUGCAGUUUACACUCCACACUGUUGAGCUGGUAUCAUCAUAAUCUGGUCUAAAUGGUGGUUGGAUUAAUAUUGUGUCAGUCGGAUCUUUAAAGGAUCAGUGUGUAGGAUUUAGCGGCAUCUAGCGGUGUAGUUGCAGAUAUCGCCAGAGACCACGAAAGGCCAGAGCCAGUGUUUGCUUAGUCCAUUCUUUAGAAGAGGACCUGCAGCAUCUGUAGUCUUAUUUUCAGGUGAUUAUAAACUAAUAAAAACGUAGAUAUGCAUGUUUUCUAGAAUAUUCUGUAAAUAGAGGCUCCUAAAUCUUACACACUGGACCUUUUAUAAGCUUCAACUGUGGGCAGAAACCAAACAUAACAUGCAGAACCAGUACAGGGAGCUAAGUCUUUAAAGAAGCAGACAAACAAAAAUCUGAUUUGUUUGAGUACAUGGGUAAUUGUUUUUUGGAUCUUGUACUCUUGGUUUUGUGCGUGUGUGUGUGUGGUCCUAUAAAAGAUGUCAUCCUUCUUUGAAAUAUAUUUUGCUAUAUAUGAAUGCAUUUUUGUGGAUUGUAAAAUUACCACAUUAGACAGAAGAAAGUUGCAUGUUUAACAGAGUCUGCGGUGCUUUUUAUAGAGUAAAAACACAUCCCAAUCCAAACCAGGUGCCACAAACAAAGACAAAAACACAGAGCAAACUGAAAACUGUGCCCAAGACGGAUUUAAGAUUUGUUUCUGUGCGUGUUAAUGAUUAAAUCUUGUUUGCAGCUGAAUCUGUUGAACACCAGACUGACACUGAUCUGUCCUCUGCUUUUUUUUGCCGUCACCAUCGAGCAUAGAAAAGUUUUGUUUUGUAAACAAGCCAGAAAACAAAGUCUCAAUAAAUUCAUACAUUCAUUGCAAAUGCACUG